AUGACAUGGGCUGGACAACAAUCUCGAUUUCAUGAUGAUGAUUUUCAAGAGGCUAAAAUAACUGCUCGACAAUUUUUGAAUAUUUUACAAUCAAAACGGUGGAAAAACGUCGGUGACUUAGAAGAACUAGCCGAAGAAGCUAAUAAACUAGCAAAUGAUGAACAGAUAUGUUUCUUAUAUUCUAUAUUUUUUUCGAAAACUACAUAA